CCCGGCGCGGCCCGCGCGGCUGCCCCCGCUGCUCGUGCUGCUGACGGCGGCGGCGGCGGCGGGGCCGGGCGCAGGCGGCGCGGCGCGGCUGUACCGCGCGGGGGAGGACGCCGUGUGGGUGCUGGACAGCGGCAGCGUGCGCGGGGCCACCGCCAACAGCUCGGCCGCGUGGCUCGUGCAGUUCUACUCCUCGUGGUGCGGCCACUGCAUCGGCUACGCGCCCACCUGGCGGGCCCUGGCCGCAGACGUGAGAGACUGGGCGGCCGCCAUCCGCGUUGCCGCGCUGGACUGUGCGGAGGAGAAGAACCAGGAGGUGUGCCGCGCCUACGACAUCCACUUCUACCCCACCUUCCGGUAUUUUAAAGCGUUUACAAAGGACUUUACAACUGGAGAAAAUUUUAAAGGGCCCGACCGAGAACUGCAGACAGUGAGGCGGACCAUGAUCAACUUCCUGCAGAACCACACGGACAGCACCCGGCCCCCCGCCUGCCCAUCCUUGGACCCCAUUAGGCCCAGUGACGUCCUUUCGCUCCUUGACAAGCGAGGCGACCGGUACGUGGCUGUGCUGCUGGAAGACGACAGCUCCUACGUCGGCCGCGAGGUGAUCUUGGACUUGAUUCCCUACGAGAGCAUCGAGGUGAGGCGGGCGCUGGGUUCCGACACAGCCUUCGUGCAGAAGCUCGGCGUGCCCUCCCUUCCCUCCUGCUACCUGAUCUACCCGAACGGGUCGCACGGACCAGUCUCUGUUGGGAAGCCUCUCCGGUCCUUUUUCUCCUCUUACCUGAGGUCACUGCCGGGAGUGAGGAAGAAACCAAGUUCCCUGCCUGGGAGACCCAGCAGAGAGGAGAGCUCGGAAGCCGUGGUCUGGAGGGACUUUGACAGGUCAAAGCUGUACACGGCUGACCUGGAGUCGGGGCUGCACCACCUCCUGAGAGUGGAGCUUGCUGCACACAGGUCCUUGGCCGGCGCCGAGCUGAAGACUCUCAAGGACUUCGUCACUGUCCUGGCCAAGUUGUUCCCUGGACGACCGCCGGUCAAGAAGCUGCUGGAGAUGCUGCAGGAGUGGCUGGCCAGCCUUCCACUGGACAGGAUCCCCUACGAUGCCGUGCUUGACCUGGUCAACAACAAGAUGCGGAUUUCUGGGAUAUUUCUCACUAAUCAUAUAAAGUGGGUUGGAUGUCAAGGAAGCCGACCGGAGCUGAGGGGUUACUCAUGUUCUCUCUGGAAACUGUUCCACACUCUGACUGUUGGAGCUGGGACCCACCCGAAGGCCCUGGAUGGCACAGGUCUCGAAGACGACCCGCAGGCUGUGCUGCAGACCGUCAGGAGGUACGUCCAUGUCUUCUUCGGGUGUAAGGAAUGUGGCGAGCAUUUUGAGGAAAUGGCUAAAGAAUCAAUAGAUUCUGUGAAAACCCCGGACCAAGCGAUUCUCUGGCUUUGGAAGAAGCAUAACCUGGUCAACAGCCGCUUGGCAGGGCAUCCAAGUGAGGACCCCAAGUUCCCAAAGGUGCCGUGGCCUAGCCCAGACCUCUGCCCAGCCUGCCACGAGGAAAUCAAGGGCCUGGGGACCUGGAACGAGGGCCAGGUGCUGCUCUUCCUGAAGCAGCACUACGGCAGGGACAACCUCGUGGACACAUACUCCGCGGACCUGGGGGACCCCAGCGAAGGCGCCCCGGCCCCGGAGAUCCCGCUGUGUGCCGGCUGCGACCAGCACAUCCUGGACCGCUUCAUCCUCAAGGCUCUGGACCGCCACUGGCACAGCAAGUGCCUCAAGUGCAGCGACUGCCACGCGCCGCUGGCCGAGCGCUGCUUCAGCCGUGGGGAGAGCGUGUACUGCAAGGACGACUUCUUCAAGCGCUUCGGGACCAAGUGCGCUGCGUGCCAGCUGGGCAUCCCGCCCACGCAGGUGGUGCGCCGCGCCCAGGACUUCGUGUACCACCUGCACUGCUUCGCCUGCGUCGUGUGCAAGCGGCAGCUGGCCACGGGCGACGAGUUCUAUCUCAUGGAGGACAGCCGGCUCGUGUGCAAGGCAGACUACGAGACAGCCAAGCAGCGAGAGGCCGAAGCCACGGCCAAGAGGCCGCGCACGACUAUCACAGCCAAGCAGCUGGAGACUCUGAAGAGCGCCUACAACACCUCGCCGAAGCCCGCGCGCCACGUGCGGGAGCAGCUCUCCUCCGAGACCGGCCUAGACAUGCGUGUCGUGCAGGUGUGGUUCCAGAAUCGCCGGGCCAAGGAAAAGAGGCUCAAGAAGGACGCGGGCCGGCAGCGCUGGGGCCAGUAUUUCCGAAACAUGAAGCGCACCCGAGGCGGCUCUAAGUCUGACAAGGACAGCGUCCAGGAGGAGGGGCAGGACAGCGACGCGGAGGUCUCCUUCACCGACGAGCCAGCCAUGGCCGACAUGGGCCCCGCCAGUGGCCUCUACAGCAGCCUGGGAGAGCCUGCCCCGGCCUUGGGCCGGCCCUCGGGGGCCCCGGGCAGUUUCCCGCUGGAGCAUGGAGGCCUGGCCGGCCCAGAGCAGUACAGAGAGCUGCGCCCCGGCAGCCCCUACGGCGUCCCCCCCUCGCCUGCCGCCCUGCAGAGCCUCUCUGGCCCCCAGCCCCUCCUCUCCAGCUUGGUGUAUCCUGACGCCGGCUUGGGGCUCGUGCCCACGGGAGCCCCAGGUGGGCCCCCACCCAUGAGAGUGCUGGCAGGGAACGGACCCAGCUCCGACCUUUCCACCGGGAGCAGCGGGGGCUACCCCGACUUCCCUGCCAGCCCUGCCUCCUGGUUGGACGAGGUGGACCACGCUCAAUUCUGA